AAAAAAGGGAGAAUGUAAAAUAAAGAACGUUUUCUCUUUUUUUUUCUGUAUUGAAAACAGACAAAAGAAAAUAAACGUAGUAUGCUAUGAGAGAGACUCACUGAACUACGCUAUUGUGAAGGCGGGUGAUUGAACAGAACGUGUUAUAUGCCUUUGUAGACGUGUAAGAGUUAAAUAAAGAAUUAGUCGGUUAUUUGCUAUCACUCUUUCUUUUUCUCUCCCCCGCUCUGCGGAUCAACAAUUGAAUCAAUCGUCGUUGGUCUGUUCGUACAAUUACGUAAGUGAAAAAAAAAACGAGUGCAUGAUUGUCUUGCCGACAACCACAACAAACUCAUCACGAUAGAAUGAGACAGACGAAAUGGGAAAUAAUCAGCAUAUAGAAUUACUUAGACUAUUGUGAUAGUUCUUGACCUUAUUCGUCAAGCAUUGUCCGUCUCAAUUUUUUUUGCUGGAAAGAAGAAAAAAAAGAUAGACAGAUUGUUUUCAUUGAGAGACCAUGCAACAACAUCGGUCAUACACAUAUGUAUACAUGUAUAUAUAUAUAUAUAUAUAUAUUUAUAUCUUUCUCUCCUUCCUUCUCGUUUUUUUUCUGUUCGCCGUUGGAUAAUGAAUGUCCGGGGCACAUUGAAUAGAUGGAAUACUUCAUCGUUUGUUCUGCUCAGCUGAGUUACUUUUUCUUGCAGCUGUUCACCUAUUCAUUUGACGGGCACGCGUGUAUUAUACGUAUGUAUAUGUAGUUAAAAAAGAGGUGUAUGCCCUCCCGUCAUAACUACUCGACCUGUCAUGUAUGACUUAUUAUUUAAAAUUACAUACCUAUAUAGAUAUAAGUGCCUCUUUAGAUGCUAUUGAUCGUACAUUGACCGAUUUUUCAAAUAAUACUAACAACAAUAACAACAACAACAGUUCAUCAAUGAGUGCAGCAACAGCAUCGCGUUCACCUUUUCAAUCACAUGGUGUCGUAGACGAAUCAUAUUGUUCACCAUGGGAUUUAAAAACACAAGAAGAAAAAUUUAAAUUACUUAGUGAACAACGAUCAACAUCAACAUCAAAUACAAUUACAGCACUAACUGAUGCUCUACUUCAUCCAUCGAAUACUAACAGUCGUUCAACAUCUUUAUCUUAUACAUCUAAUAAUAAUAAUAACAGCAAUCCAUUUCAUCGAACUCGUUCAGCACGUACAUCAUCAUCUACAAAAAAAUCAUUUACACUUCGUGAACCUUCACCACCUUCACUUCCUCCAUUACCACCAGGUGGGUUAAUGCCAACAGCAACUAAUAUCGCAUGUCAAUGUGGCACUAGUAAUAAUAAUCUUAAUAAUAAUAAUAAUGCUCGAAAUCGAUCCUUUAAUAUUAAUAAUAAUAACAACAACAAUAAUAACAAUAACAAUAAUUUAAUUGUUGAAAAUCUUGAUCCUUCUCUGAAAAAAAUUUCUUAUUGUCUCAAUGCACAUAUUGUUCGUUCGGGUACAGAUACAUCACGCAGUUUUGUUUUUGCAACAUCAUCACCGUCAAAUGAACGUUCACAAAGAGUCAAUACAGCACCAGCUAAAGUUGAUCUAUCACAUCUUCUAGAAAAUCGACAAGAAUCAACAAAUAUUACUUCACAUAGUAGUACAAUCUCGUCAUUAUCAACAACAUCAUCAUCAACUGAAUCACCAUUGAUAACAGAUGAUACUAAACCUAUGUCAUUUGAAGCUGCAUUACAAAGAUUUAAACGUUUAAGUUCAUCAACUCGAUGUAGUAAUACUAGUGUUUCAGCAUCAUCUCUACCUAAAACACAAUUGAUAACUAAUCAAGAAUCACCAAUAGCAUAUGAACGACCAUGGGAUACUUUACAAACAUCGCUUAUCAAUAGUCUUUCAUCUCCCCCGUUAUCAACAUCUAAUCGUAAUGGAAAUUCAUUACAAAAGAUGCCAAGUACAGAAGAAUCAAAACAACAUUGUACACCACCAUUUCCUAUGGUUUCUCCUACGAUUAGUACUUGUCGACAUAGCACAUGUUCACCAGACGAUAAAAAUAAUAUUAGUAAUACAAACAUCGGAGAAAUCAACAAGAUAAACAAUCGUAACUUCGUUCCAUUAACAUCGGAUAUUGAGACAACAAUUCCAAUUGAUCGUUAUUUGUGGUAUCAUUAUGCAAUGUCACGACGAACAGCUGAAAGUAUUUUACAAACACGUCCACCUGGUAGUUUUAUUGUACGUCAAAGUGAAAGUGGAAAUCAAAAUGAUUAUUCACUAUCUAUUAGAACUACAAAAAGUUGUAUGCAUAUGCGAAUAUGUUAUACAGCAGGUGUUUAUAUUCUUGGAGAAUGUUCAAGACCAUUUCCAAGUGUUUCACGUAUGAUUGAAUAUUUUAGUCAAACAUGUGUACCUAUACGCGGUGCGGCACCUAUUAAAUUAGGUACACCUGUAUUUCGAUGUGAAACAUUAUCAUCAUCAUCACCACCUAAUAAUCAUCAUUUUAAUGAUGAAGAUGAAGAACUUUUGUAA